UACGAAAAUAAGGUUUAUUUACACUUAAACAUUUAGAGAAGUUCAAUUAAAUGUUGUUUAUGGAUUUAAACUAAUAUCUUUUAUCGUUUAUCAAUGCCAGUUGUGUGAAACAAUUUAAUCUACAAUAAAAGAUGAUAGUUUUAAAAGCAAAGCAAUUUAUUAAAAUUGCAGUUAUUAUAUUUUUGUGUUUAAAUUUUUAUUCAUUUAUAUUUUCAUCUAUAAAGGUUAUUACUAUAAAGUCAUUCUAUAGAGUCUUGAAAGCUAUCCCGCAGUGUCGAGAAACAAGACCAAAUAUUAUUUUUAUAAUUGCCGACGAUCUUGGAUAUAACGAUCUUGGAUAUCAUGGUUCAGAAAUUAGAACCCCAAACAUUGACAAACUUGCUAUGUCAGGUGUAAGACUGGAAAAUUAUUAUGUUCAACCUGUGUGUACACCGACACGUGGACAACUUCUAACUGGCAAAUAUCAGAUUCAUACAGGUCUUAAUUGGGUUUUAUGGCCUGCAACUCCAGCAGGGCUUCCACUUGACUACCCUACAAUAGCAGACAAGUUGCAAGACUCUGGCUAUGCCACCCAUAUGGUAGGAAAAUGGCAUUUAGGAUUUUAUAAACCUGAGUUUUUACCAACCAGUCGUGGAUUUGAUACAUUCUUUGGUUUUUUAAGCGGGCAUUCGGACUAUUAUACGCAUAUAACGGGAAACUACCAAGAAAAGCUUAUGACUGGUUAUGAUUUAAUGGAAAAUGAUGCACCGGCAAAUAUAUCAAGAUAUAAUGGCGCUUACUCUACACAACUCUUUGCAACGAAAGUGAAAAACAUUAUUCGAAAACAAGAUAGUGAUAACCCGAUGUUCAUAUACCUAUCGUUUCAAGCUGUGCAUGCUCCUCUCCAGGUACCAGACAAGUAUGUUAACGAAUACCUUCAUAUCAAUGAUAUAAACCGACGAAAGUACGCAGGAAUGGUAUCUUGUAUGGACGAGGAAGUUGGGAACAUUGUUGAAGCUAUGAAAACGCGUGGUAUUUGGAAUAACACAGUGAUUAUUUUUUAGCACAGGUAUAUGUUCAUAUUUUUUACAUAGAUAUAUCCUACAUGAUCAAUUUAUUUGUUGAAAUGGCGUAAUAUUUGUAACUAGUCGUUCUAUUUCAACUAGUGAACAAUAUACGAGCUUUCAGUUUCUAAUUUACAGUUUUGCUAUAACCACAUUCAAAUGUUAAAUUCCGCUUAAGACGUUGCUAGGUGGCGUGGACAGUAGCUUUUUCUAGUACUGUCCAUGAACAGGCUCAUUCAAACCCAGCAUGCAACACUUUUGCCGUCUUGGAUUUUUCAGGGAAAUUAAAUCACUCUUAUUCGAUAAUGUUCAAAGCAAUACUGACAUUUAGAUUUAAAAUGCGUACAUGUUAAUGACACCAAUAAAACUCUGGAAAUAUAUGACUAUGUAUAUGCAAAAUGUAUAAUUAAAAAAGAUCCGAGUGUAAAAAUAAAUAUUUAAAAGGAAAAGUAAAAAAGGCCUUAGAAACAUCUUAAAAUUUAGACUACCAAUCAAGGCCAAAGUUUGUUGCUUCAUAAAUUACAAAUACCUUUUAUUUCUUUUGUCAAAUUAAAUUUAACUCGUACUGUAUUGCAUG